AUGGCGAACGAAGGAGUCUUGGCCGCUCUGGAGAAGGAAUUUCGGCCGCUCCUGGCACCAAAGCUACUUGCGGAGGCUAAGGCUGCACAAGUCGUAUGGGCACGGGUGAAAGGUUAUCCAGCGUGGCCCGCACAAGUCCUGACUGAAGCUGCGGCAUUGCGCCGCAAGGAUCUGGGCCAGGAGCGCCACAGCAAGGGGAACAGUGUUCCGGUCAUGUUCUUUGGUACAGUUGAGGUUGCCUGGGUCAAGGAUGCUGAUGUUGUGGACUUCAAGGAGGGCUUGUACCAGGGCUUCUUCGACCGGAAGACAAAGCAUUUUCGCCUCGCACUGGAACAGGUUUGCGAGUACUUGGCGCUUGACCGGAAACGGAAGGCGCCACCGAAGUGGUGGUGCAAACCUCCGUCUAAUGGCCUUGAUGAGCAGUCGGACGGUCCGUCGCCAAAGCUGGUCUCGGCGUCUGGCAAUGGCGCUGCGAAGGGUGCAGGGCAGCGGCAGGACGCAUCCAAGAGUUCCCGCCAGCGCGCUAUAGCACCUGAGUCUGGCAGCGGCACUUCCUCAGGAGAGGAUGAAGCUCAUGCGGCGCAUGCUUCUGGGAGGAAGGGGUCAGCGAAGCCUGCAGGUGGAAAAGAAGCAGCUGGGGGUAAGCCGGUCAAGGAGGCAGCUGCUACUGGCCUUCCGGCUAAGCUCCGUGAUACCUCAGCCGGACGCGUGCCGCGGGAGAACGGCUCCACGGCUGCGUCAACCAACACCGCAGCCCAGGCGCAGGCAAAGAAGCCGCCUACGGCGCCGCAGGCAGCUGCUAGUCGACAGCAAGUGCUGGUCAAGGAGUCAAACCCGGCUGGGGACGCGGCAAGGGAAGUGAAGGAUACUCGUCAGGGCGCAUCCGCAGCCAAUUCCGAAGGGAGAGCCCCGCCACCACCCCCGCAACAGCGGUUAAGGUCAAGCGCCGGGGCCUCUUCCGCCUCCGUUAAGGCGGGCGAUGCUGGCCUGCCUCCACGGAAGCGUGUUAAGGUCGAAGCUGGUGCAGGAGCGGUGGUUGGCCCCACGGCGGCUUCCGCGAGCAGUCUACCGCCGCCACCUGUAGUUGCGGCAAAGCGGACGGCUUCGGUCGGGGAUGAUGCGUGCGAACUUGGUGCUGUCUGUACUAAUGAAGUUGACGUCCUGAAGCUUCCAGCGGAGAUCCGCCGCCUCGCGGGUAUCCGCCUGCCUGCACUCCCCAAGAAGCCAGGGGCGAGAGUAGAAGAGUCAUCGCGGGAGCAACCUCUUCCCAAGACGGAGCAUGCCGCAGCUUUAAAUGUAGCCAACGGGCCCGCCACGGCAUCUAAACGUGCAUCAGCUGUUGGCGAGAAUGCCGGCAUGGAGCUACGCUCUACUCGGCCCAAACGGACGAGCAGCGCUGCCGGGGCUAACCAGCCUGCCGGCGGGCGCUCCACUGAAGCUGGUCAGAAGAAGCGAAGCAGGGGCCGUAGCUCUAGUGGGGAGUCAUCUCAAUCUGCUGCGUCAUCUGACGGCCAGGAAGAGGAGGAGGAUAAGGAGGGGCAGAGCAGCGGAGAGGAAGAUGAUACCGACGCGGCAGCUUGCAGUAGCAGCAGCGGUAGCAGCAGCGACGAGGAAAGCAGCGCAAGUGAGGAAGUUAGCGACGAUGAUACGGCGAUUGCCGCUGCAAGGCGGAGUGGCAGGGGCGGAGUUGCGCAAUCGCAUCGAAAAGCUUUGCGGUCAAAGUCGCUUUCGCAACCGCCGCCUGCAAGGGACCGUAGAGGGGAGAAGCAGCGGCGGCUUGCGCGCCUUGCAGCGCCUGAGCCUGCGAACCGGCGAACAAGCUCCCGCCUUGCACGGAAGCCCCCAGAGGCUGCCCCGUCGAAGAAGGCCAUCAAUGAAGACUCGGAUACCGCUGACAGUGGCGAUCCGAGCGACGAGGCUAGCGAUAGCGACAGUGACGAGGGUGGGGGCGGGGAGGAUGAGCGGAGUAGUUCGGAAGCGGCCAACAGCAGCAGUAGCAGCAGUGGUGAGAGCGACAGCGAUGACGAGGUGACCGCUAAGGAGUCUGGCGGUAGCGGUGAUGUCGGUAUCAAGCAACGCCUGCGCACGCGGGCAGUGCAGGCCGCGCAUGUGCGGCCGCAACGUGCUCCCGCUUUACAGAAGGCUUCAGCGGGCCCAUCUUCGCAACCUCCGAUUCGGGAGGCGAGCCAGCCUGCGGACCAGCUUGCAAAGGCUAGCACAGGUCGAGCGGAUCGACAUGUUGACACUCCGGACGAUGACAAAGGGGCCCAGCGGCGCCAGGGCAGUGGCAGCGUCUUAGCUCCCCCGCCCAGGGCUAUUCCUCUGGAGCUCCGCCGUCUCCAGACCAGUCCGUCGUCGGGGAUCCAAGCGGUGGAUACAAACGAGCCACGCACGCUGAGAGACCGGUCAUCCCCUGCUCAGAGGACCCUAGCCUCAACUGGGGUCACUCCAACGCAGACCGCGACGGCGGGCGCCUCGGCUGGUUUUAAACGUGGUGAGGAGCGCGUGUCAGAGGACGGCAGCGGGACCAGCAUGUCCCGUGUUGUCGAGCGUUCAAUGUCGCCAGAGCAUCGUAGGGAUGGCCAGAAGACAAGCUCUGAGGCUGAGGCGAAGAUGCCGCCCAGGCCUGCACGAUCGCAAGUUGUCGACGGACGCAGCAGCAAGGCCGGCUCGGUGGCCGGCUCCGCAUCUCCUCCACCCGCGCCAAUGCCUGGGGUCGUGCCCGUUCGGAAAAAGCCGGCGUCCUUGGGGGUUCCCAGCACAGCAAGAUCGGCGGGACAGGUCGGCGCCCGGCAGCUACCGGCCAUCACGCCUGCAAAGGCUGUGCUGCGCAGCUUGACGUCCAUGGGUGAUGGGCUGCCGUCAAGUACAAUGCAUGCAAGCGGGUGCGGGGGGACCUCUGCCGCAGGGGCAUUGAUAAUGCCGAUUGCAGUUUGUGUUCCCAAGAAGCCAUCUACCGGGCCGCCGACCCGGAGACUCGUGGAGCCGAGUCUUGAAGCCUCUGCCUUCUCAACAGGUAUGCCUGACGUGGUGUCCGUGGAUUGUGAUGCGGACGCCAAGCAUGCGUCAUCGCCAGACAUUGCAGCAGCGGGUGCCGUGGAUGCUGGGGACGGCUAUCUUCCACGAUCGCCAGAUGUGUCAGCAAAAGUCUCAGGAAUGCGGAUGCUGGAGGAGGGAUUGGCAGGGGACAGGCAGGGAGUUGCAAUGGAUGAGCAGCAGCAAGUCGAGCUACUGGUGCAUUUGCAGCUGGGGCCGGCAGAGCAUUGCGCAGAGCAUGACCGGGGGCAGGCUAUGCCUUUGGCGGACGAACGGGCUAGCUCUGCCGAUGCGGAACAUGGUUUUGAACAUGGGACGGUGCCUGGAGCCGAAGCCACCGAGGCCACGAAGGAUCUCGCUAAGCAGAUGCAGCGGCAAGCGCCUGAGCAAUGCGAGGCCCCUGAAGCUGCAGUCCGGUGCAUACAGCCAAGGCUGGAGCUCGAUGUCAAUCUUGCGGCGAAGCUGGAGCAGCAGGACCAGGUUGACCAUCAACCUAGCUCAUGCUGUCAGCAGACGCUAACGAACACCCUUACGGAUCCCGUCGAGCAAGCGGCGGCCUUGACCUCGCGGAGCUCCGUUGUCCACGACCAGGAGAAUGAACCAGUGAAUCGCUCACCAGCACGUGCACUGUCAGCACCGGCGCAGCUGCAGCAGGUUGCCGCGGUGCAGGCGGCUUCUGCACUGGGGCCGCAGGUACGCAGCAGCCCUGGAUCGCCCAUUCAUGACGAGGUGCUGCUUUCGGAUGAGCAGCUACCGGAUCAGGGUGAAGCCAUGGCGGAGCACGACGGGUACGCUUUGCCGCCAGAAGAGCGACUCACACUUGGCUCCAGCGGCGGCAUCAGGGGCUCGGCUUGCUUGAGACAGGUCGCCGUGGCCGAUUCAGAGGCAGCGCGCGAGGCUCCGACCAUGGCCAGCCCUAGUCUCGCCGCCCCUUUUCCGCCACUAGAAGGCCACGGCGCUGUGUCGGCGCCGCCGGCCUGCGCUGGAAGCCGCGCAAGCAGUGAAGCCGGGUGUGGCGAUGGCGCGCCUGCGGGCGUGUCGGGUGCAAGCUGUAGCGCCACGUUAUGGGGUGGAGACGACGACGCAGCCGCUCGUGCACGCGCGAUGGAGCUGGAGGAGCUCGGAGAGGUGGCAGCCGCGCUUGCCGACCUACAGCAGGCCGAGGUUCCGCGGCCGGCCGCGGAACUUCGGCCUGCUUCCCAUCCAGCAGCUAGCCAGCUGCCGGCCGCCCUCCAGGCGGACUCGCUGCUUAUAGACCGCUCGCGGAGUCGAGGGUCACGAGGCUUGCCGCACAGCUCAGGCAGCCAGGGCAACCUGGUAGCUUCAGAAUCGCUUGUAUCAGAGGUUUUCAGGUGGCCGCAGCCCGAGCCCCUCUUGCCGGCCCAGGACCAGUCGUUUGCGCUCCCGCGUGACUGGCUGGUGACAAGGCCGCCGCGAUACGAGCCCAUAAGACGCAACGUUUGGCUUUCGCGGAAUAAGCCCAAGCGACUACCUAAGGACGAGAUCAACAUCUGCGCGUGUCGCCCGCCGCCGUUUGCAGCGCCGGGAGAGCUCCAGCGGAUGGGCUGCGCACAGAACUGCCUCAAUCGACUAUCAUCUGUCCUAUGCGAUGCCAAGCUUUGUCCUUGCGGCGAGCUUUGCAGCAACCGUUCCCUGCACCUGCUACGGCAACCCAAGACCGAGGUGUUUCUGACGGAGAAUAGGGGCUGGGGCGUACGCACCAUGGAACCGCUGUCCAAGGGCGCCUUCAUCAUCGAGUACGCAGGGGAGGUCAUUGACGACCGGGAGCUCGGGCGGCGCAUGGAACAUGCCCGAAUGAACGGCGAGCCCCAUUUCUACAUAAUGGAGCUGGCAGCAGGGCUCUAUAUUGACGCUCGGCGCAAGGGCAAUAUAGCACGUCUCAUCAACAGCAGCUGUGACCCCAACUGCGAGACGCAAAAAUGGCACGAUGCCUCCACCGGGGAGAUCCGCGUUGGGAUUUUUGCAUCCCGUGACAUCCCACCGGGCGAGGAACUUGUAUACGAUUACUUUUUUUCCACGUACGGCGCCAUAAAGCAAUCCGCAGCGUCAUUUGUGUGCAUGUGCGGCUCCAAGAACUGCAGGGGCACCAUGGACCUUCAUCCGGAAAAGCGUCGCGACCUGGGACGCCGCGUGGAGGUCUUCUGGGACGCCGACGGGCAGUAUUAUCGCGCCGUGAUCGUUGCCUACCACCCUACCAGCAAGAAGCACACUGUCAUGUACGAGGACGGUGGGACCGAGAAGCUCAGCCUGGACGAGGUGCCGCACAGGUGGAUGGACGAUGACCAACCGCGGACAUCUGCGCAACAGCCUGAGUUGCCGCACGGCGGGCCUAGCGGGGAUGCGCAGACUGUGGUUGCGGAUCCGCCACAAUCCCAGCCUCAACCGCAGCAGCGGCUGGGUAUGCAGACACCUGAAGUUGAGCUCCCGCAGCAGCGGCUACAGGAGGUUUCGGCGGUGGACGACGAGUUGGCAGAUGUGCUCCCCGGAGGCCGCAGCGUUCCAAUCGCAGCGGUACCCUCACAAGUGCCGCCACGCCCACUCAUACCCAUAGAUCAGCGCUGUCUACUGCCGCCACUUGGCAGCACUUCCGUAGAGGUAGUCGGCAUCCAAAGCCAUGGCCAGGUGGGUAAGCACAGGCAACCGGGGUCGGAGCUGCAUCUGCCGUUGAAGAAGAGGCCUCGAAUGGUGCAGCACCUUACUCUGUCAGCUCACCAGUACGCUGGCCUCCAGCCGUCGCCGCUGUCGAACACCCUUGGCACGUCAAUUAGGGCUGGGGAAACCGUCCAAGAGGCUACGCAACCGCAAACAAGCGGCGGCAGUGCAGGUGCUGUCGUCCUCCCGGUGUCGGGACACAACCGCUAUUCCAUUGGCGGGGCCGACAGUGCCGAUGGCGAGCCGAAUGGUCUGAGCGCCCGGACUAGUGCUAGGCGCGAGUCCAGCGUUACGGCCAGCGGACGCAUCUCCAGCGUCGCGGCAGAUGAAGAUGAUCUGAACGAGGAUCUGGAUUCCCUGUUAGAAGCUGCAGAGGCUGUAGCAGCGCUUCGCACGGCACCCAUCAGCAAUCCCGCGGCCCUGCACGCGCAGCACGAGGCGAUGUUGCCGCUACAGCCUCGCCGCGUGCGAAGCGGAUCUUUGGCGGCAGCUGGUCUGGGCACCGUGGCCAUGGUUCUGACAGCGAAGGCAGCCUCACCGCGACACCUGGCCGCCGUGCAGCGUUCCGGCCCACCGAAUGGUCUGCCUCCUCACGGCGGCAGCCGUCCUAGCGCCACUACCGCGCCCCACCCGAGUAGCAGCAGCUCGGGCUUUAUACCCCAUCAGGCAGGGGGCUGCAGACAGCACCCGGCUGGCAAUGGUAGCGGCCACCAUACCAGUGAUGGCGGGGUUGGUGGGCUGUACGAGUCUUAUCAACAUCAGUCGCAUGGAAGGAAUCGGCGCUUGAGCGGCGAACAUGACGGCGGCACCGGUCCGGCUUCGUGGAAUCGUGGGAAGAACGGUAACGGAUCACAUUGUAGCGGCGACGUUAACAGAGAGGGUCUAUUAUGGAAGCUUGUGGGGAUUGAGAAACCUAAGGACUUGUUGCCGCUGUUUUCUGGCGAGUGCGAGAAGUCGCGCAAUGGAGGUGUCAAGGGCAGAGCUGCCAGCAGCGCUUGGAUUCCGCCCACACACCCGUAUGAUAAGCUCUUACGCGCGUUGGAGGCUUCGGAGCUCUUGCCGCAUGCGGAUCAGCUCAGGUUGUUUGCACACCAGCAUAGCCAACAACAGCAACUGCAGCAACACCAACAGCCGCAGCAUCAGCAACUACAACAACACCAACAACCACCGCAGCAGAUACAGUCCCCGCCGCCGCAGCAGCAGCAGCAGCGCGUCCACCAGCAGCAGCAGCCCCAGAUCAGCUAUGGGCAACAGGGCAUCGCCGGCAUUGGCGCGUGGCUGCUUUUGCUGACGAUCCAAAAGCUCCGUAGUAGGCGGCAGCUCGCAUGAGACUGGUGCCCCGGGAGAAUCCUUGCAGCGCCUGUUGCUUCGACUGUGUAGUGGGAGUGCGCGGACCAUAAGCGUUACAUGUGUUCGUUGGAGGUGUGUUGACUUGUGACAAAGCACUAGGCGCUGUCUGAAGAUCUUGACAGCGCCUUGCGCUGUUGUGAAUGCUAAGACGCGGAUCGUGUCACCGAGCAAAGGUACCGUCCAGACGGGCUCCUUCGCAGCCGGUUCCAGGCUCGCGCUUUCCUGAGUAUGUACGCUUAUCAUUCCGUCAGGGAUGUCCCACACGGAUCCCAGCGCGGGGGCGUAGAAAUUGCGACGCAGGACCAGGGCAUGUUGAUACACGAUACGCAAUUGCUGGUGGUACACGGCCAUGGCUGAAUGCAUUAUCAUCGAAUGCCAAUGUCUCGUGUGUCUGUGCGUGUAGGCCAUCUGCGGUUGUCUUGGACCGGAUUUCCGUGGCUGGCUAUUAGGCAGCUGCCCAUGGUGGUGGGCAUGUUGCGGU